AUGGCGUCGCUUCUCAGUCCGACAGCAAGAUCGUUGCCCAGCGGACUGGCGAGGUGCUUUGUCGAUGCGGCAACGAAGUCCGCUCUCAGAGGCGGCGGUCCGGUUGCUGCGCCAGCAUACGCCGCUCGGCCCUUUUCAAUAGGCCUCGGUCCCGCUCCGAUACGAACAUCGAAGCCUACCAGCGCCGUCGCGCAUCAGCUGGCUCCUCCUUCACCUCGGUUUGCGACGGUCAGGAGUCAUUCGACCAUUCGUAGCGCCGUGGACAUGCUGGAUGUGCACUCGCGUGCCGCGCCAGGCGCGGGCAAACCGUCUCCUUCGGCCCUUUCGGCAGGUCAGCCGACCUUGCUCUCCUCCCUCGGGCUCGCCACGUUCCCUUCGUUCCUCCUCAACCGCAUCAGCCGGGGCGGCUCGCCAUUCCGAAAUCGCCCACCACCGUCGACCAGCAGCAGCUAUGGCGGCGGCGGGUACGGCGGAAGUCCCCGCCCGCCGCGUCGCAGCUCGUCGACGCCGGCCUUUCUCGCGCCCCUGAUCCUGCGCAUCAACCGCAUGCCCUCGUCGUACCUGCUCAACGCCGUCAUUGCGCUCAACGCGCUCGUCUUCCUCGCGUGGAUGUACGCCGACUCGUCCUUGCGGCGGUACAGCGACCCGCGCGCCCUCCUCUUCAUGAUGAAGAACUUUGCCUGCGGCGAAACCAACCUCGCCGAAGGACGCUGGUGGACCCUCGUGACGAGCUGCUUCAGCCACCAGAUGACGAACCACUUCCUCCUCAACAUGGUCAGCCUCUUCUUCAUGGCGGAACCCGUCAUGCUCGUCGCGGGCAACGCCACCUUCCUCGCCCUCUACUUGAGCGCCGGGCUCGCCAGCGCCACGUUCUCGCUCCUGUGGCACCGCUUUGCCGAUCCCUGGUUCAACCGCGGUGGCAGGGGCACCAAGGGCACCUCGCUGGGCGCCAGCGGCUCCAUCUACGCCAUCAUGAGCACCUUUGCGUGCAUCCAGCCGCGCGCCACGUUCCUCCUCUUCUUUGUCGUGCCCGUACCGGCGUGGCUGUGCGUCUCGGGCAUCUUUGCCUAUGACCUCUACCAGGCCGCCAUCACGCCCGGCGGACAGGUCGACGGCGCCGGCCACGUCGGCGGCAUCCUCUCUGGCCUGCUAUUCUGGAGGUUCGGGUUGAGAGGGUUCAGGAUGUAG